UGGCUGAGUGGCUGUUGUUCCCAGUGGCUUCCACUUUGUUAUAAUCCCACUACCAGUUGAGCGUGGAAUAUUUAGUAGCCAGGAAAUGUCACGGAUGGACUUAUUGCCCAGGUGGCCACCUAUCACGGGACCACGCUUGGAGUCACUGAGCUCCUGAGAGCGACCCAUUCUUUCACCAAUGUUUGUAGAAGCCGUCUGCAUGUCUAGGGGCUUGAUUGUAUACACCUGUGUCCAUGGAGGGGAUUGGAACACCUGAAUCACAUGAUUGGGAGGGGAUUGGAACACCUGAAUCACAUGAUAUGGAGGGGAUUGGAAAACCCGAAUCACAUGAUAUGGAGGGGAUUGGAACACCUGAAUCACAUGAUAUGGAGAGGAUUGGAGCACCUGAAUCACAUGAUAUGGAGGGGAUUGGAACAUCUGAAUCACAUGAUUGGGAGGGGAUUGGAACACCUGAAUCACAUGACUGGGAGGGGAUUGGAACACCUGAAUCACAUGAUAUGGAGGGGAUUGGAACAUCUGAAUCACAUGAUAUGGAGGGGAUUGGAACACCUGGAUCACAUGAUAUGGAGGGGAUUGGAACACCUGAAUCACAUGAUAUGGAGGGGAUUGAAACACCUGAAUCAUAUGAUAUGGAGGGGAUUGGAACACCUGAAUCACAUGAUAUGGAGGGGAUUGGAACACCUGAAUCACAUGAUUUGGAGGGCAGGGAC